CAAAAAUGACUCUCUUUGCUUCAAUUUCAUCACUCGGUAAUACUUCAUCAAUUUCAAAAUCAGCUUCAAUGAGAUCUUAUAACUCAUCAUCAUUACAAAGCUCAAACAAUGUUCAAUGUGGUGGUGGCUGUGGUAAUGGCGGCCUUGUUCCAAAUCUUGUCGGUGGUCUUUUAGUUACUACUGGUGCUUUAGUUGGUACUGUUGUUGGCACUGUUGGCGGUCUUGUCAAUGGUUUAUUAGGUACUGGAAGCUGUGGUUGUAAUUAAGGGAAUUAUUUAAUAAUUUUAUAAACCAAUAUUAUGUAAAAUUGCUUAAUUAUAAAAUAAAAAUAUUUAUUUAAAUUAUUUUAAAAAAAUU